CGCCCCUUUCUUAAUUGCUGCUACUGAUCUUUAUUGCGGAUAACUAGAGCAUCAUUAUUCGUCGUCAUCAUAUCCAAAGCAUGGUCGAGGUUCCCGGCCUUCUCUCUUGCCGACACCCCACACUCAGAUCUACAUCGGACUCCUAAGCUAUCAUCAUAACCCCAGUAGAAUCCAACCCUUUAUGCGUCUUCCCCGUAUCUAUUUAAUCUUACAAUACAUAUAGACAGUGGGAGAGCCAGAGAGGGAGUUGUUCUUGUUGAUUGGGUUCAACCCAGACGACCCGACAAACUUUUCUGACAGGGGGCUGGAGAAUAGAAUAGAGCAGGAGUAGAUGGAAUACAUGGACUGGGAUGAUGGGGAAGGAGAUGAUUUCAUGGACGAGUUUGGUGGAGAAUACUUUAAUUAUCAUCAUAACAAUGAGGACAAUGUUAACCACGAUGAACAUGAACAUGAUAUGCUUCCCAAAGUGACUGAUACAUCGGCUGCACAAGCUAGGGAAGGGAAAGAUGUGCAAGGCAUUCCAUGGGACAGGUUGAAUAUUACGAGACAAAGCAUUAGAGUAACUAGGCUUGAACAGUACAGGAAUUAUGAGAACAUACCCUUGUCUGGGGAAUCUGUUGAUAAGGAAUGCGAACAAACAGAAAAGGGUGCCAACUACUAUGACUUUUUCUAUAAUACAAGAGUGGUGAAGCCUACACUUCUCCAUUUUCAGCUAAGAAACUUGGUGUGGGCUACUUCAAAACAUGAUGUUUAUCUCUUCUCCAAUUGUUCACUCAUGCACUGGUCAUCAGUAUCUCACAACUUGUCAGAGGUCCUCAACUUCUCUGGCCAUGUUAUCCCAGCAGAGAAACAUGCAGGAAGCUUGCUAGAAGGUCUAUCGCAAACUCAGGUCAGCACAUUGGCGGUGAAGGACUGUUUUAUAGUAGCAGGGGGGUUCCAAGGAGAACUCAUUUGUAAGCAUUUGGAUAAAUCAGGGGUUAGCUUCUGCACAAGGACAACAUAUGAGGAUAAUGCAAUUACAAAUGCGAUUGAUAUUUAUGAUAGCAUGAGUGGUAAGCUUCAUUUUAUGGCAUCCAACAAUGAUUGUGGUGUACGAGAAUAUGACAUGGAGAGAUUUCAGCUAGUAAACCAUUUUCGCUUCCCUUGGCCAGUAAAUCAUACAUCAAUCAGCCCCGAUCGGAAGCUUGUUACUGUCAUGGGAGAUGAUUUGGAUGGAUUACUUAUCGAUGCCCAAAAUGGAAAGACGGUUGCGUCAAUCGUUGGUCACCGAGACUACUCGUUCGCGUCCGCAUGGCACCCGGACGGGCACACCUUCGCGACGGGAAACCAAGACAAAACAUGCCGGGUCUGGGACGUGAGAAACCUGUCGGAGGCGGUAGCGGUGCUCAAAGGAAACAUAGGUGCCGUGCGGUCGCUCCGGUUCUCCUUGGACGGGGAGUUCCUGGUUGUGGCCGAACCCGCGGAUUUUGUUCACAUCUACAGCACCGAGGCGAACUUCAAGAAACGCCAAGAAAUCGACAUAUUUGGCGAGAUUCCCGGCGUAUCCUUGAGUCCCGACGAUGAGUCGCUGUACAUUGGAGUUUGGGAUCGUACAUACGCGAGCUUGCUGCAAUACAACCGAAGGCAAUCGUACAGAUAUCUCGACGCUUUCAUGUGAUCUUCGAAUGCAUGAAAACCGGAAAGCGUGGCAGGAAGGUAUAUUGAUGAUUUUUGGCUUCUCAUAUUUCUGGCACAAGCUUUGUCUAGUGUAGUAAAAGAUAUAUGAAAGUGAAACAUUUCAUUUUGCCCUUCAUGUCAUAACAUGUGUACAGGAGGAUUUGGUAAAUUGUGCUUCUCCCAUAUUUGCUUUUAGUUGCACUUUUGCUUCUUAUUUUUGCAAGGAAAAUGGAUAUACUGCUCAUUCUGCCAAA